AUGCUUCAAAUUGGGGGCCUCAUUGUCUUCUGUGGGCUGCUGACCCAGACUACAGCCCUGUUGGAAGCCCUGCCCUUGGGUCAGGACCUGCCCUCAGAUCCCACGGAUCUUGCUGGAAGCCUGAUAAAUGCUAUCAACAAUGGCCUCCUCUCUGGGGAUCUGUUGGAAACUCUCAGAAACCUUCCAAUUUUUGACAUCCUGAAUGCUGAAGAAGACAAUUAUCAUAACCUGGUUGGUAACCUGCUUGAGAGACUGACUUCCAUGAUCCCUCUCCUGAACAACAUCCUUGAUGUGAAGGUCAUUAAUCCCCAGCUGCUGGAACUUGGCCUUGUGCAGAGCCCUGAUGGCCAUCGUCUCUACGUUACUAUCCCUCUGGGAUUGGUCCUCAAUGUGAAAACGUCCCUUGUCGGAAGUCUGUUGAAGCUGGCUGUGAAGCUAAACAUCACUGCAGAAGUAUUAGCUGUGAGAAAUGAACAGGGGAGGAUUCACUUGGUUCUUGGAGACUGCACUCACUCCCCGGGCAGCCUGGAACUCUCCCUGCUUGAUGGAGUUGGCUCCCUCCCCAUUCAAAACCUUCUGGACAACCUCACUGGGGUCUUGACUAAGGUCCUUCCUGAUCUGGUGCAGCACCAGGUGUGCCCUCUGCUCAAUUCAGUUCUCAGCAACUUGGACCUGACCCUGGUGCAUGACACUGCCGAUAAACUGAUCCAUGGGCUGACAUUUGUCUUCAAGGUCUAA